CAUCAGCAGGAGUUCGCCAAAGGACCCCGUCUUGUAGGGACAAUACUGUUGACUAUUGGAUCGUUGAUGAUAGUGAUAGCCAUCAGUGGAUUCGUGGCCGCAUUCUUCCUCUAUCGCAAUUAUGAGAGGGAGAGACGUCUGGCGAUGAUGUCUCAGCCCAACCCUCACACCAUUGCCAACCCGCAGACUGAGGGCCCGGUGCCCACCAGUGGCGUCGACUAUCCCUAUCCCACGCAAGUGGGCUACCAAUACGGACCUGGAUAUCAAGCGGUGUCUCAGAAUGUGGUCUAUAACGCGACCACUGAGCCACACGCGCCCACCAUUUAGAUGUGACCACUCACUAGUUAGGCCGUACCCAUGCCUAUGCCAUACGUGCCAUUGCGUGUACUAAUCAAAGCAUACAUUUGUUUUUUAUAUCAAUCUCAUUAAUUGUCUUCAUUUCGGUUUUAAUCAACG